AUGAGAUUUGCAACAGAAAGAUGCAGGACAGGACUCAAUGAGAUUGAGAAACGGGAAGUCUCGGGUAGCGGGGCGGACCGCUGUCGCCGCCCGCCCCGGCCGCCGCUCCCCGCUUGGCUCGGGUUACCUGGGCGGACCGCGGCGUGGCUCUUCCCGUCUGGUCCGGCCCCCGCGACGGGAAGUGGGAGCGAGGGGCCGCGCGCGGGCGGCGGAGCCAUGGAUGGCCCCGGAGCCGCGCUGCCGUGCCGGCUGCUCCUCGUCGUCUGCUGGGUGGUGGCGGCGGCGGCGGCAGGAGCAAAAGUUCUUCCACCUCCAUCCAACCUGGACUACUCAUUUAUCCAAAUCUGCACCCUGAACUGGACAUGGAACCCCCCAGAGAAUGUGAGCAGUAGCUGUGAUCUGGAGUAUUCCAGCGACAUCGUGAUUGAUAAGGUCCUUCAGGAGAAAACCGAAUGGAGUAAGAGUCGCUUCCGUGUGACAGAUACGUUCUUGAAUGAGGAAAUGCGUUUCAAAGUGAGAAGUGAAUGCAAGUACGAUAACACCACCAAGCCCAGUCGAUGGGUGGAGACCUCUCUUCUGCCAAAAGGUAUUCCAGGUACUGCUGCUGUUGACUUGAGCUGUGUUUGGCACAAUUUGGAGUACAUGGUUUGUACAUGGCGUCCGGGGGAGAAUGCAAGCAGUGAUACCAGUUAUACGUUGUUCUACUGGUUUGAUGGUUUGAAAACCCAUAAGAAAUGCAACAACUAUUCUAUGCACCAAGGAAUCUUUGGAUGCAUUUUCAAUUUUAGCUUCCCGAAAGUCACCAAUACUUACCCAGCUAUAAGUAUUUUGAUUAGAGAUGAUUCUGAAGAAAUUAGGCCUGUGUGUGCAAGUAAAAAUCCUACCACCCUUGUAAAACCUGCUACACCAACACGAGUUACACUGUCAAAGAUUAAUGAUAAAAUAUAUGUAGAAUGGAGUAAAUCAGACACCUUUCCAGAAAAGUGUUUAUUUUAUGAAGUUGAAUAUCACAACGGUGAUUUGGACUCGGCUCAGAUAAUUAAAGUUGAAAGUAAUUUUACGUCAAUCCCUAGCGUUGAUCCUAACAGCAAGUACAUCUUCAAAGUGAGAGCAAAACCAAAGCCCGAGUGUUACAGCAGCGAGCUCUAUAGUGACUGGAGUGAAGAAAAGAGUAUUGGCGAGAAGACAGACUCUACGUUCUAUUUUGUUUUAAUAAUCACCAUUCCAUUAAUAGUAACAGUAUCUACAAUAAUUCUACUAGUUUACCUAAAAAGGCUGAAGAUACUAAUUCUUCCACCAAUUCCGGACCCUAGAGAAAUUCUUAAGCGCAUGUUUGGAGAGCAGAAUGAGGAUUCCCAGAGCUGUGCAAAGGAUGAUUCCAUGAAUGCUUAUGACAGGUUAAUUAAGGAAGAAGAAAUUCAUUCUUUAAUUUUAACAGAAACUGCAGAGUGUGCCAAUUCUGAAAAAGAAAACCGAUAAACUCUGCUUUCCCAGUGAAA